CCAGAUGACGGGAGGGACUCUUCCCUUCUCCUCCGAGCUGCGCAACAACAACAGCAGCACAACAAGGCAUGCUUUAAGUGUUUUUUCCACGUUAAAAGACAGAAAACAGGAGGAGGCGGGAUGUCUGUGACCGUGACGAAAAGUGACGGGGUCUCCGUUCUCACUGUGACCUCUGACCCCAAAAGUGUUUGUCCUCCUGUGUGCCAGGUCCUGAGAAGUCUGUGCUACAGCCCCGAAGGCUGCUCCGUGUCCCAGCAGCUGAGGAGGCUGCUGGGCUCCUCUCAGUCCCUGCUGGGGGCUCUGCACAUCACGGCCGGGCUGCUGCACGUGGCCCUGGGAGCGAUCCUGCUCAGCCUCCAUGGCGUCUCCCUGCUGGAGGAGAUCUGGUUUCCUUUCUGGGUGGCAGCAGUGUUUAUAUUGUGCGGCAUCGUUUGUAUUUUGUCUGAGAAGUUCCCCACUCCAUGUCUGGUCAUCUUCAACGUGAUCCUGAACUCAGCAGGAGUUCUUUUUGCCAUUGCAGCCAUCGUUCUCUACAGCUUCAACGCGGCGUACAUAGAGAUGUCGUGGAUAUGUCACAAUGCGGAUGAUUUCAGCUUUGGUACGACGACGCCAUCUCCGUCUCCACGGGAACGGUUCCUGAUGGAGAGGUGCAAGAUCGGGGAAGAUGUAUCUUUGAUGCUGAUGCGAGCCGUGAACAUCGUGGUGAUCAUCGUGUCGUUCCUGCAGCUCUGCCUCGCCGUCAGCUCGUCCGUUCUGGGGAUCAAAGCUCUGAGGAGCCGCGAGACGGGAGACGACAAGAUCGGUGACCCUGAACUCUGCAAACCGCUGCUACAGGAAGUCUCCGAAACCUCCACAGCAUAAAGAGACCUGCUUUUAUACCGUUUAUGUUUCCUUGACUGUUUGUUUGAUUCAUUCAGCUGGUUCAUUCGCUGACAAAACGUCUUUUUUCCUGCAUGGUCGCUUAAAAACGUAUAUUUUUUGGUAAUAAAAUGCACUAAACUUUAAAUGCUGCUGUAAAAACUGCUCCCUUUUAUUAUGAUCUUCUAUGGAAUAAUGCCUCUGGAGUUUUUCUUAAGUUAACACAUUGUCUAGGGCUAAACUAAAUAUUAAGGAAAUCAAAUAAAUGUCAUACAAAUUUGUUUAAGUAAAUACAUAAAGACUUUUCUUUUCACUGUAGCUGUUUUCAGACUGCUGAGGGUUUCUCUUAAAGUUGUUAAGAAAUAUGAGAAGAAAUCCAAGAACUUUGUUUUCAAGAAUCUCGUUUGUUGUCAAGUUCUAAGGAAAAAACUUAAAGUUAAGAAAAAACAAAAGAAAAGAUAAGAAUUUCUUCAUGAAAACCAAAUCUUCUUAACUUUUGUCUUAAGAGCAAAGUUGAGAAAAAAGUGGCACUUGAGAAGCAUUUUUUUCUUAAGAAUGCUUUGUUAUUAGGGUAGUACAGGGUUUCUAAUAUUGUUGUCUUCCUUAGAAUGUACAAGAGACUUUGUUUCUGUUUACAUUGCUAUGUGGGGGAGAAAAAGUGUAUAUGAUGUGAAUGUUUAUAUAUUGUAUUUUUUUCAAUAAAAAAAAAUUG